CGUUUGUCAUUCUUUGUCAUUCAUCUAGAUUUGGUUUAUCCAUUUGCGGACAUAAUCGCAUGGUAUUGCAUCCUUGGAUAUGCCUGCCAUGGCUUCCUCUCUGCUUCUUCCACUCUUUUCUUGGGCAGGUUCUACUUGUGGUAAAACUCCAUCUUUUACACCUCCUCAAGCCUUUGCUGUUGACAAACUUCGAAGAUUACUUUUCAAAGUCAAGUCUUCAGAGACAAAGGAAUGCACUGCUAUGUUCAAUACCAAUUCACGUAGAGAGAUUCUUGGUUUGGCUUUAGGAGUCUCAGGUAUCUUCAUCCAUGCAUUGGAUGCUUAUGGAGCUGGUUUGCCCCCAGAGGAAAAACCAAAACUAUGUGAUGACAAUUGUGUGCGAGAGCUUGAAAAUGUGCCUAUGGUAACUACUGAAUCAGGGUUGCAAUACAAAGAUAUUAAAGUUGGGCAAGGCCCUAGUCCCCCAAUUGGAUAUCAGGUGGCUGCUAAUUAUGUUGCCAUGGUUCCAUCUGGACAAAUAUUUGAUAGUUCAUUGGAGAAAGGCCUGCCUUACCUUUUUCGUGUUGGUUCCGGCCAGGUGAUAAAAGGUCUUGAUGAAGGUCUUCUGAGCAUGAAGGUAGGAGGGAAGCGUCGACUGUACAUACCUGGAUCAUUGGCAUUCCCAAAAGGCCUUAUUUCAGCUCCUGGAAGGCCAAGGGUGGCUCCAAGUAGUCCAGUUAUAUUUGAUGUAAGUUUGGAAUAUAUACCUGGGCUUGAACUUGACCUGGAUGAGGAAUGAAAUUAGGUUGUCCAUUCCAUUGAUUGUAAGCAGUAAAUCCAAAACAAUUGUUAAUUAUUUUGAUAGGCUUGAAACUCAUAGCUAUGCAGAGUAACAUUGUUUGAGUGUAAAA